AUGACGGACAGCUUUACCGAGGUUUCACCUGCUGUGGUGGCCGCCCAUAACGCAGAGGCGAUGCGCGAUGAGGUUCUCCGCCGCAUGGAGGUGUACGUGCUGGAGCUGCUGCACACGCUUCUCUCGCUACCCAUCAAGAGAGUGUUGCCCCGCGGCAAUGCGGUGGCCGCCUUCAACGAGGGAACGUCUGGUUCCUUGAGAAGACGCGGUCCGUAUGCCAUGCCGCGUGAGCAGCAGACCUCGACGCGCGCAGCUCGCGGUGCCAUUUCUGCAGUGCCGGUGAGUAUACCACCGGACGGGCGUGCGCACACGAAGGCGUCCCUGCCAGGCGACGAGGGCGCAGCGACCUGGUCAAGCGAUGGUCGACCAGUCACGAGCAGGCGCUCUUUGCAGACAGCUCGUCAUCAUCUCCUCAUCCUCACCGAGCUUUUUCGCAACGUUGGGCGCGGCGACGUGGCCACACAGCGCGAUGUAUACUAUCACCUCGUCCGCCACAUCCAGACGCAGGAGGUGGUGAAUCGCACCGUGCAGCAGCUCUCGCGUGUGCUGCGACUGCCGCGCCAGCUGAUGGGCGUGGUGGCGGGCGGACGCGGCUACAUUGCGGGCUGGCUCUCCUAUCGUGGGAGGAAUUUGCAGGGGGGUGGCACGGGGUUAGCAGCGGAGGAGGGUAUGCCUCUACCACUUCUAAGCGCAGACCUGGUCGUCUCUGUCCUAGGAGUCGUCGAGCGCGCAGCUGUCGAGGAUGAUGAUGGGCGCAGCGUCUCGGGGUUAGCGUCUUCAUCAAACUUGACGCACAGCCGCUCACUUCAGCAGUCGGCGUCAAGCCGUUGGACAACCACGGAGCAUCGCGACGUUACAAGCCGCUCAGCCAACAGCGCCGCCGUGGCAGGCUUUCAAGUGCCGCCGAAUGUGUGCGCUAUCCUCGUCGUGGAGAAGCACGCUGUCUUCGCCCAACUUCUGCGCGAAGGCCUGCCGCGACUGCUGCCGUGUGUGCUGCUUACAGCUCAAGGGUACCCGACCCACGCAGCGCGUCGGCUGCUUGCUCACUUGCACGCUGCACUCCCUCGAGCGGCAGUUGUCGGGCUCGUGGACUAUAACCCGCACGGGCUCGCCAUCCUCGCCGCGUAUCGCUGGGCUGCCACAUCUGAUGUACUUCCCGCUGGCUCGGCCUCUAUGGAGAGCCGCUAUUAUCCUGUUCCCACCCUUCGGUGGCUCGGCGUGCGCACGGCACAUGUGGUGCGCGUAAUGGAGAAGAGAGACAGCGGCGGUCCAAGCGCAGAGCACCCCUCGGCAGUGCAAUGCCCUCGUCUUCGCCACCACACACCAGCUCCUCUAGAGGCGAGUGUCAGGCCUUGGGAGGGCACUGGCAAGGGUAGCUGGGCACACAGCAGCGACAGUGCUGCCGCUAGCACCGCCAACUGCGCCUCAUCCGCUCCGCACACGGCGGGGAAGGCGGCCAUUGCCUCGCCACUGACCAGCAUCGCGCCUCUGCAGCACUUCACCCGCCGAGACGCCGUAGUGAUGAGACAUCAGAUCGAGCGUUUGGAAGCGCUCCUGCGCCCCGCAGCGUCGUCUCCAGCUGUGGGGAAAGACUUCGCAAAAGAGGUGGAGGCUGCGGAAGGGAGGCGUCGCGAUUUAGUCGAGCCUUCUUACAUGGAGCGCGCCUCAGUGGGCCUCAGCGCAGCGCCCCAAACCCACAGCAGGCUCUCGGUAGCUGACCUCGAGUGCCAGGCCGAUCGAGCUUCCCUGGUUGCCUGGCUGAACGAGGCGCGCGAGAUGCAACGAUGCAGCCUCAAGUGCGAGAUUGAGGCGCUCUACACUGCCCCCUACGCCAAUCGUUUCUUGGGCACCGCGUCAGUCGUGCAUGUGCACGUGCGGAGGCGCGGCGCCCAACCGCCGCCUUCGCAGUUUGCUGAGUGGGUCUGCGAACAGGUCCUUCGCCGUCAGUACAUCUGA